GAAAUUCAGGCCUCAUUUGGCCCAACGAAGGAUCAAUUGAAGGAGUUUUGAGAUAUUUUGCAAUGGUCUUAAUGGCAUUAUUUUUCAAGCUUCUCUCCGCUUUUCGUAUUUUGUAUAAACAAAGCAGCAGCGCUGAGGCAAUUCAUCCUUCGUAUACGGCAGUAUCUCACGCUGAACAUAAUAAAGUUGUUGAGGUUGUCAAAGAAGACCGAGUUAAUCCUUGUUUAGAGCGUAUGGAGAGGCUUGAGGAAAUGUUCUCAGCGCUCAAAGGCAAACCUGCUGAGAUUCCUGUAGAUAAGGAGCGUGUGCUAAUGGACUCUUGGGAUAGAAUCAAAUCUAUUGAGUUUGAUCUAGAUAAAACCAAGAGA